UUUUUUUUUUUUUAUUGUAUACCUCAAAUCAAGUUAUUUGUUUUGCCUGUAGUUCUUGUGCCUCUUUAUUGCACUAUGACAGUUGAAGCUCCAUGUGCAUCUCCUCUAGACUGCUGAUACUAUAUCAUGCUAUGAUUUGACCUAGAUGUUGUUUCUUCUCUUCUGUAGUUAAUCUUUUUUGAGAUCAGCCAACCAGUCAUCAUGUGGAUUUGUCUAGCUUGUCUAAAAUAUCCUAUUUGUCUGAUUAUGAGUUUUCAACUUUCUCCUCUCCAACUUUUCUUUAAACUGCCUUAAUAUCUUGAUACUCUGAAGUUCAUUUUUAGUAUGUGUUUUAUGUAUCCUUCUUUCUAAUUUCUUUACAUUGAUUUUUUUAGUGGUUUCAAUCUGCAUGACAGUGUUUUAUACACAGGCAGUCUGACAAGGAUGAUACACGAGGUAGGAUAGGUAUUUAAAAAAGCACUUCUGCAACAGUUGAUUUCAGUCAAAAAUGUUGAGACAAGGAAAAAGACUUGCUUAUUUAUUGCUCAUACUGUAAAAAUGGAAGGAAGAAGAUGAAGUAUGACAUAACAGACUUCAGAAUGGACUGAAAUGUAGGAAAAGCUUGUGAAAAGCGUUCCUCUCGAAGGCCAUACUGAAGCUGUUUGUGCUGUGGAUGCUGUCUACCAGUCAGAUGAACCUGAUUUAAAUCUGUUAAUAGCUUCUGCAGCAUCUGACUCUACUGUGAGAAUUUGGUCUCGACAUGAUUCAGAAGUUAAAUGCAUUGAAGUUCUGCAAUUUGGAAAUGGAUUUGUUAUGGAUGUUUCCUUAUCCUUCUUGCCUGGCAGCAAUGUACCAGUACUGGCUUGUGGUGGUGAUGACUGCAAAAUAAACUUGUUUAUACAGCAGAAUGGUCAGUUUCAGAAAACAGUAAUACUCCCUGGCCACGAAGAUUGGAUAAGAGGCGUUGAAUGGGCGAUCUGUGGUGAUGAUCUGUUCUUAGCAAGCUGUGCUCAGGAUUGUUUGAUAAGAAUUUGGAAAGUGUGUACAAAAUCAAAGCAGUGUUCAGAAAUUGAGGAUGAUUCUAUCAGACUGAAAGAGAAUGUUUUUACUGUUAAAGAUACUGAUACAACAUACGGAAUUACUUUGGAGUCUGUGCUGGCUGGCCAUGAAAACUGGGUGUAUGCAGUCCACUGGCAGCCUUCCUUUGCCAAAGUAGGUGGCAGCAUGCAACAACCAAUGAGGAUAUUGUCUGCAUCAAUGGACAAAACUGUGAUCAUCUGGGAACCUGAUAAGGAGUCUGGAGUUUGGCUAGAACAGGUGCGGGUAGGUGAAGUGGGUGGCAAUACCCUUGGAUUUUUUGACUGCCAGUUUAGUCCAGAUGGUUCAAUGAUCAUUGCUCAUGCUUUUCAUGGAGCAUUCCACCUUUGGAAACAGGCUUCAGUUAAUAAGAAAGAAUGGACUCCAGAAGUUGUGAUUUCAGGACAUUUUAACAGUGUUGAGGAUGUACAGUGGGACCCAGAAGGAGAAUUUAUCAUUAGCGUUGGUUCUGAUCAAACUACUAGACUAUUUGCUCCAUGGAAAAGAAAACAUGAGACACAGGUAACCUGGCAUGAAAUAGCCCGGCCUCAAGUACAUGGGUAUGACAUGCGUUGUCUGGCAAUGGUUGGCCGCUUUCAGUUUGUGUCAGGAGCAGAUGAAAAAGUGCUUCGAGUUUUUUGUGCUCCCAAGAAUUUUAUAGAAAAUUUCAGUAACAUCACUGGUAUUCCAAUGGAGAAGCUGUGUUCCCACCAAUCUUCUGACCUUCCAGAAGGUGCAACUGUGCCAGCAUUGGGUUUAUCCAAUAAGGCUGUUUUUGAAGGAGAUAUAUCUGCUCAAGUAGCUGAGGAUGAAGAAACGUUUAAUACUAUUUCUAAUCAGUAUCCUGAGACAUAUUUUCAACCCCUGAUCCUUACAGAACCUCCUCAAGAGGAUCACUUGCUGCAGAAUACAUUGUGGCCUGAAAUUCAGAAGUUGUAUGGACAUGGAUAUGAAAUUUUUUGUGUUGCUUGCAAUAAUUCAAACACUGUAAUUGCCUCAGCGUGUAAGGCUUCCAAAAAAGAACAUGCAGCAAUUAUUUUGUGGAGCACUUCUUCUUGGAAGAAAAUACAGAGUUUGCCAUUUCACAAUCUGACUGUUACUCAGCUGGCAUUUUCACCUAAUGACAAACUUCUAUUAGCAGUGUCCAGAGACAGAAAUUGGUCACUGUGGAGGGAAGAAGCUUCAUCAGAGUCAGGACCAGUUUUCAGUUGCUGUGCACACACAGACAAAAAUACAGCUGUUCACAGUCGAAUCAUUUGGUCUUGUGAUUGGAUGCCAGAUAGCAAAUAUUUUGUUACUGGCAGUCGGGACAAAAAGGUCAUCAUCUGGGGUCAGUGUGAUUUAUCUGUUACUACUGAAGGCAGUGUGUUGGAUUCAAUCAAACCUUGUUCAACAGUACUGGAUGCUGGAGAUUCUGUUACUGCCGUUAGUAUCAGCCGUGUGCUUACUCCUGAUGGAAGGUAUAUUGUCGCAAUAGGCUUAGAGAAUGGGAAGAUUAACUUUUACACAUGGAAGCAGAGUGGGCAAGAACCAUCAGCAGCUGACUGGACCAAGUGUGUUGAGAUGGAUAACAGCCAAAGCCAUGCUCUUGCUGUGAAACGUUUGUGCUGGAGACAUCGUGAGGGCAGAGCUGGACAUAAUGAUCAGAAAAACAGCGAGUGGUUGCAGCUUGCAAGUUGUGGAGCUGAUCACUGUGUUAAAAUAUUCAAUGUCAACAGAUUUGCUCUUUAACAGAGACAGCAGGCCUGUCUGUGCGAAAUUAAUUCGCAACACUUUUUCAGCAUUUUUUAAUCUUGUUUUUGAAUUGUUUUCUGCUGUGGAAAGUGAAACGUCUGAAAUAUAACUUAUUAAAACAACUUUGAUAACUGGAAAUAUUUUUCUAAUUCUGCACUUCUGGGAAAUGUGAAGUAUUUAUAUAUUUUGAUUGGUGAAUGUCCUGGAGAUCAGGGAUAGGAGGUGUGGGAUAUGGCAUAGAAGAAGGUUAAGGAGAUCUCUUUGUUCACUGUGAGUCUGGAGUUGGUGGGAGGCAGCCAAUAGUUGGGUUCUUGCAUGCUUGGGUUGAAAGUGGAGUAUGGAAUUGUUUGAAACACCUUAUUAUUAAAUGCAACUGUCAGUUAGCCUGUCAGUGCUGGCACUGUUUCAGCAUCUGCAGUUAACCAGAGAUCAGAAUUGACUACACAUCUCUCCCUGAUAGCCUUCAGAGUGUUUAUUAUAGUACCUGUCCAAGUCUUAGACCAGCUGGCUAUAGAACAGGCAUGUCCAAUCCACUGGCUGCAUGCAGACUGGCAUGACUAGCAGUGCAGCGCGCCCUGCCUUGCUCUGCUCUGUAAGGGUGGUGGCUCUUCCCUGUGGAGUGACCCUGAGCAUGCACCCAUCAUUAGUAACACUGUGUGAACUGGAACACAGGGAGGGCUGUGCUGAGCAGCACGGACUCAAAUGAUGACAAAUAAUUGUAUGUGUUUUGAUACACUGGCUAAGCAAAGAAUACACAGUCAUGCUUUCUGUUUUUAUAAAGGAGUUUGAGAAUAGAUUUCAAGAUAGCAAAAAAAAUCAUGAAUUUGUUUGUGGCACCGUUUUCAGUUGAUAUAAAUACAUUACCUGCAAAUUUCCAAAUGCAAUGUAUAGAGCUGCAAUGAGAUAUUCAACUCAAAAAUCUGGUAGUGUCUUACAAAAGUCUAGUAGAGAGACAUCUCUUAGAAGAGAAAAAUACCUUUCACUUCACAACCACACCUCAUUCAUGUUAUUGUUUUUUUGGCUGCAUGUUUGUGAACGGUUGUCGAGGAUAAAGUACAAGAAGAAUAAAAUUUCAUCAAAGAUCUCUGAACACCUUGAGAGCUCACUGAGAAUUGCAGCCACUACUGCUGAGGAAGACCGAUGCAUUAGUUUCACAAAACAGCGUCGAAUAUCCCACUAGUUAUAUGAGUUUGUUCCUCUCUUUUUUAAUGUUUUUAGAAAAAUGCUUAAAAUGUUUUGUUACUUAAAUAUAUUAAUGAUAUUAUGUCUUUUAAGAUGGCUGCUUCAAUAACAAUGCAUCCUAUUUUAUGAUGUUAGACCAUGACGUCUGAAAUGGAUGUUGAUAUGGCAGUAGAGGUUGAGCCUUCCCACCAAUAUCCCAUUACAUUUUGUUGUCAUAAGACAGAUGUCAGCAGAGGGGCAGUCUGACACAAUGGCAUCUGACAUGGAAACGUGGAUGGAGCAAAAGUGUGGAAUUGAAUUUCUCCAUGCAGAAAAAUAAGGCGCCCAUUCACAUUCAUCGACUCUUGCUGAAUGUGCGCAGAGCCCACGGAAAUAAAUAGGAGGCAUUUCUUUCUGAACAACGUGUGUAUGUGCAGCUCAAUACUAUUCCUCUUUACUCAUUUUGGCCUAGACAAGCCAAAGGGUUGGACAUCCACGCUUUCCAAAACUUGCAUGUCUUGCCCUAGAGGGAAAAGCAAAACCUAUUAAUUGUUCCUCUUGUAUUUUAUGCUAUCACUGAACAAACUUUCUUUACCAAUAACAGUGUUGUUAAAUGAGCAUCAGCUAUUACACGAUUAAGUAAUGCAUUCCAUUGUAUCUGGGAUUUUUGUGACUCAGUCAUAUUGAAGAGUUCCUCACUGUUCCAACUUCAGAUGUGUCAGAUCAGUCUGUUGCUCCCCUCAGUUAAAAUGUUUGCAACAGACACUUUUUAUUUAAGGUAGAGAUCAUCCAGAGACUAACACGUAACAGUCUUUUGCAAUGUAGAAUGUUAUGUUUGUCCCCAUAUCACUUUACUGUGCAUUUUUUUUUUUUUUAAAUCAUAUACCUCUACCUAUUCAAUAGAUCUAAUACAGUUUCUCAAAUCAGCAGCUAGGUAACAACUUGGGUGUUGACUUCAUUUUCUCAUCUGGUAGCAGAGAAUUUAUUUUGCUCCAUGUAAGUGAGAUAUAAAGGAAAGUAAUUUUAGAGGUAAUUUUGUGAGUAACAUUGGCUUCCUAAUGAAGAAUACAGUUCUCUCAACAGCAAAAUAAUACUUUAAGUAUUAAUAAUAAUUUAAGAUUACUAUGAAAGUAUCUACAGGAUUUCUAUGUUGCUUGAUUUUUUCUCUAUUUACAAAAAAAUAAAAAAAUAAAAAAAGGGAAACAUUGGCAAUAUUCAUUCUAUUCCAUUAUCCUUGUUUUAUUGGUGCUAUAAACCCUGGUGGAAUAAUGUGCCGCCUUGUUGUAUUUCCUUCUUCCUGCAAAAACUUGAUUAGAAUUUUCUACAGUUUUUGCCCACUUGAAUGGCUGUCACUUUUGUUUCUCCCAUGCUUUUCCUUUGUGUGUACUUUACUGAGAGACCCUAUUUCAUACACUGAAAUAAUGCAUCCAUGCAUGCAUGCACGAUUUAUGACAUUAAAGAAAGUUGUGACUUCUGUCCUG